GACGGGGGGACGGUGGUGGCGGGGGGAGGACCGGGGGCGGCGCCGCGGCCAUCGCUCGGCGGGCGGCUGGGCUGAGCUGAGCUCGGGGGGCCCGGCGGCAUGCAGAGCGUCAUCAACACGGUGAAGGGGAAGGCCCUGGAGGUGGCCGAGUACCUCACCCCCGUGCUCAAGGAGUCUAAAUUUAAAGAAACGGGAGUAAUUACACCUGAAGAAUUUGUUGCAGCUGGAGAUCACUUAGUUCACCACUGUCCUACUUGGCAAUGGGCUUCAGGAGAAGAACUAAAAGUCAAGGCUUAUCUGCCAACAGACAAACAGUUUUUGGUAACUAAAAAUGUUCCGUGCUACAAAAGAUGUAAGCAGAUGGAGUACUCAGAUGAGCAGGAAGCAAUUAUAGAAGAAGAUGAUGGUGAUGGGGGAUGGGUAGACACCUUUCACAACGCAGGUAUAGUGGGUGCAACAGAAGCAGUUAAGGAGAUCACACUAGACAGUAAGGAUAAUAUAAAAAUACCAGAACGAUCAGCAUCCUGUGAAGAUGAUGAUGAGGAAGAUGAAGGGGAAGCUGCAGACAUGGAAGAGUAUGAAGAAAGUGGGCUAUUGGAGACAGAUGAUGCAACACUUGACACAAGACAGAUUGUUGAAGUUAACAAAGCUAAAGCUGAUGUUGGAGGGGAAGAUGCUAUUCUACAGACUAGAACUUAUGACCUCUACAUCACUUACGACAAAUAUUACCAAACUCCAAGGCUCUGGUUAUUUGGAUAUGACGAGCAACGGCAGCCUUUAACAGUAGAGCAUAUGUAUGAAGAUAUUAGUCAAGAUCAUGUCAAAAAAACAGUGACCAUUGAAAACCAUCCUCAUCUUCCUCCACCUCCCAUGUGCUCAGUUCAUCCGUGCAGGCAUGCAGAAGUGAUGAAGAAGAUAAUCGAGACUGUUGCAGAAGGUGGGGGAGAACUUGGAGUUCACAUGUACCUUCUUAUUUUCUUGAAAUUUGUACAAGCAGUCAUUCCGACAAUAGAAUAUGACUACACAAGGCACUUUACAAUGUAACUAAAAUAAGAGAGAUCCUCUACCAAAUCUUUUUUUUAAAUAACCCUUCCAUGUGACAUACAACAUUACACACAAUUUCUGUAACUAACCUUUUAUCAAAGUCAGUGCAUUAAAAUAAAAUGUUCCAUUACCAGCCUUUUUAAUAAAAGUCUGUGUGUAAUAAAUAAAUCACUCUCAUUCCUAUAUAUACACUGCAAUAAAAGGUGGAUUUUUUUUCUC